UUCUUUUUCUGUUCUUUUUUUUAAAAAUAUAUAUAUAUAUAUAUUAGUAGUAUUUGAGUGAUCAGACACACCUCUUAUUUAUCUGACCGAAUUUUUUGGCUUUUAUCUACAUCUACGGUUCGACCUGCCUGCCUCCGGAACCGUCCAUCGCUCUUCCUCUCAUAACCGCCUAUAGUACCAGUCUUUCCCUCCCACCACCUCGACCUUCUAUUCUCCUAUCCCUUGUUCUCAAGGCUUGAUAUUUCUCCCACUUUUUGACUGUACAGAGAUCUGCACUUUGCCUAUUAUACCUCCUCAAGAGUAAAACCUAUGCCUCAUCUAGAGACCGAAACAAUGGGAGAAACUUCUGUCAACGGUGAAAACGUUCAGUUCCACUUCCUGGAGCACCUUACAUCCUAUCCUAUCGUGUCCGACUCCAUCACCGUCUUCAAAACCAACAAGUAUGGUGCAAAGUCUCUAGAGUUUGCUGACCAAGGCUAUGGCUACGCCAAACCCUACCUCCCAUACUUCUCGAAGCCCUAUGGUUACAUUGCGCCGUAUAUUGCCCGUGCAGACUCUCUUGGUGAGCAAGGGUUGAGCAAGGUGGACGAAACCUUUCCCUUUAUCAAGGAGGAUACGGGGAAGCUCAAGACUACGAUCUAUGAUACCGCCUAUUCGCCAGUGCGAUUCGCCGGGGAUGUGAAAAGCCAUGUCUUUGAAACCUACGGCUCAGAGUACAAGAAGUGUGGAGGUGACGGAUACGUCGCAACUGGCAAGGCUUUCGUCACCACUGGUCUUGUCCUUUCCCAAGAGUCGCUCGCCUAUCUCAGCUGUCUACUACAGAGGAAGAAGGUACAAGUCAAGGAUAUGGAACCACAAUACGAAUCCUCCAGCGACCGCGAAGAAGAAGCCGAUGAUUCCUCUUCAAACCCCCAGCCCCAAGCAAGCACCCGACAAAAUGGCAGCGGCCAUCGCCAGCGCCGAAUCCGCGCAGAGGCAGGUUCCUCAUCUGAGGACGACGAAAGUGCAGAGGAGCCAGGCACCAACGGCCCAAGUAGCACAGACGUUAUGGUCAAGAAACUGGUGCGACUAGCGCUUUCAAGCGAGUACUCGCGCCAACCGAUCCGGCGAGUCGAUAUCAGCAAUAAAGUGUUGGGCGAGCAGGGGUCGCGACAAUUCAAGAUGGUGUUUGAGGCUGCGCAGCGAGUUCUCGAGUCGAAUUUCGGGAUGCAGUUGACCGAGUUACCGGGGAAGGAGAAGGUGACGAUUCAGCAAAGGAGGGCGGCUCAAAAGGUCGACAAACCAUCGUCGACGAAUAAAUCGUGGAUUCUCACGAGUACCUUGCCUUCUGCUUAUCGGAGACUGGAGAUUCUCCAGCCGACGAAGGCGCCCCUCGAGAGUUCCUACACGGGGCUAUAUACCUUUAUCAUUGCAGUGAUUUUACUUAACGGGGGUACCUUGCAGGAGCAAAAGCUUGAUCGGUACCUCAGGCGUGCGAACGCGGAUACAUAUACCCCGGUUGAUCGGACAGAUCGGCUCUUGCAGCGGCUUUGCAAGGAGGGGUACUUGAUACGGAAUCGGGAGAUGGACGGAGGCGACGAGAUUAUUGAAUAUAUGGUUGGGCCGCGGGGGAAAGUUGAAGUUGGUGCGCGGGGUGUGGCUGGGCUUGUGCGCGAGGUCUACGGGAAACAGGCGAUGGUCGAGGACAACGAUACGACUGCUGCCGAGAGAGAACAGAUGGAAGAGUUUGAGUUUCGCUUGGCGAGAAGCCUCGGGUUUCGAAAAUCGGGCGAAGCACAGACGCAGGGUGCAGAUGAAGCGGCGGAGCAAGAAGCCAGACAGACGCAACAGAUGCAACGUCGUUCGGCGUCUGAGGAGGAGGAGGAGGAGGAUAGUGAUUAUUAACGUAUGGCUAUUUAGCGACUUUGGUUUUCUCGAUACCUAAUUUUAUACAUAUUUAAUUUCUUUCUCGCUCG